AUGCAAACGAUCCGUAAUAGCCAGUGGUGCACACCGAAAAUGCACAUAGAAAAUGUUCUACGAGCGUCAUGUAUCAUUUGGGUUUCUGUCAGCUCGAACAUUAUAAUGACCGCCACGACCGAGGAGUCCGAUGCCUUGCAACCGUACUUUGACUUUGACGUGCCGCGCAAUCUCACCGUAACCGUGGGCCAGACCGGUUUCCUGCACUGCCGGGUGGAGCGUCUAGGCGAUCAGGAUGUUGCGUGGAUACGACAGCGUGAUCUGCAUAUACUUACGAUGGGAUCAUCCACCUACACCUCGGACCAACGAUUUCAGGUGAUCCGGCCGGAAGGUUCCGUCAACUGGACGCUGCAAAUAAAAUAUCCCCAGACACGUGAUUCGGGCGUGUACGAGUGCCAAAUCAACACCGAACCGAAAAUGUCUCUGUCAUAUGUGUUGAAUGUAAUUGAGCUUCGCGCACGGAUACUGGGACCGUCGGAUAUAUUCGUCAAGUCUGGCAGCGAAAUAACGAUGGUUUGCAUCAUCCAGCAGGGACCACACGAGCUGGGCACGGUGUUCUGGUACAAGGGCAACACGCUCGUGGAACCGGUCGCACAGGAAAACGAUAUACAUUCGGGCGAUCGUGGACGGAUCACCAUUGAAACAGAUUGGACAGAUGCCCUGACAUCUAGAUUAAAGAUAAAACGGGCCGUGCAGGGCGAUACCGGAAACUACACCUGUGUACCGACGAUGGCCCGCUCUGCAAGCGUCUAUGCACAUGUAAUUAGUGGCGAACAUCCAGCGGCAAUGCAGCACAAUGGAGCCCCAACCGUUAGCCGGUCACCAGCAUGGCGCAGCAUGUGCAUGCUAUUAUUGUUGCACCUGGCCACUCUGCUGUACCUGCUGCUGGGCGACCGGUGUACCGAUCGGGCCGGUGGGCAGAACAUCAACCUGUGGCGACCGACGACCCAUCGUUGGGCCCGCGGCAAAUGCUCACCUGCGGCAGCACACCGGUCCGGUGCGAUCGUGUUACCAACCCAUCCCAGCUAG